AUCAGUUGUUUGUCAGUUAUUUUGCUUAAUGGACAUGUCGCACUCCCUUGUCGAGAUAGAACGUAGCGAUUGGGCUCAGCUUAGGGAUCUUUAUGUCCAUAAGCGAACUGAAUCGGUCGGCUACCAGUGCCUGAAAAACUUCAUCAGUUGGAUAGAUCAAGAGCCAAGUGAGAGCAUUAAGUUGUUAUCGUUGGACGGCGACUGGAAAACAGAUGGAACUUUUAUUAUCGUUGCAAAUAUUGGCGGCUGUUUGAAGCACGUUUAUUUUAAUACUUUGACUGAGAACUUGGAACGCCUUAAAAUCGCACUGAAUUGUUUGGAAGGGAAAUCUGGGGACUAUUUGCUUUUUGGGUACAGCGCACAUCUUAUACCUGCGCUGGAAAACUUCGCGAAAAGGUUGACAGGUAAACCAUUAUUACCGGGCGAACAGGAGGAGACCGUCUGGUAUCAUGCCAGCAAGAAAUUAGUAGACAGUUUUACGAUCAACGUUCCGGAAGGUAUUAAAUUGGCCGAUUUGGUCAUUGAAAAUGCUGAGCAGAUAAAUGAAAUCUGGCCGCAUCGUGCGCCUGGUUCUGUGGAUUUUGUCAGGCGGCUAAUACUUUAUAAUGUAUCUGUGGGUGCCUUUGAUGGGGCUGGAAACUUGAUUGCCUGGUGUUUGAGGCUUCCACUUGGCUCGUUGGGAUUGCUGCACGUUACAGAUGGGCAGAAACGAAAGGGUCUAGGAAGCUUAUUGGUGCGCUAUAUGUCGAAGAAACUUGCAGAAUUGGGUGAUGAGGCCUUGGCACCUGUGGUGGUCAAGAACGUUGCCUCGCGUAGUAUGUUUGAAAAGUUGGGUUUCAGACAAAUCGAUAGUGUAUAUUGGAGUGCGGUUUAACAACAUACUCACACAUAACAAUUACGUUAUAGUAUUUUACCAAAUAAAAAUAUAGUUACUCUGUAAAUAAUCCCUAA